ACAAUGCAGGUGUGGUGCGGUGUGUUACCUGUGCGCCGCGUGCCAGGUAGUACACGCACACCUGCAUCUGAGGGAGGGAGUGCGCGUGUCACGUACUCAAGCAGGUGUCACUAAGUACAAGUUUCAAACACACACACACACACACACACACACACACACACACACACACACACACACACACAAGCACACACGCACACCACCUGUACAUUUCCCACGUCAAUUACCGGACAGUGCACACCACCCUUGUCACCACCACUCCACCACCACAACCGCCACUAUGAACACCUCUGUACCACUCCUGCUGUGCCUACUCCUCUCCACCACCCACGGGGAGAAAGAGAAGGACCCUCUACAAACCUCACUGACGAUAAAGGAACCCUCGUGUCCUGAACCCCUGGACAUCCUGCCGUGUGUGUGCGAUGUGGCUCAUAUGAGACUGGAUUGCUCAAAUGUGGAGGAUGAGGCGCAGCUCCGUCAGGUAUUCACAGCCUACUUCCCCAGCACGGCCUUCUCCGAGUUCUUCAUGAGCAACAACAUGGGCGUGAGGGUGCUGGAGGACGGUGUGUUUGGGAAAGUUAGUUUCCAUACCAUCAUGGUGCUAAAUUCUGCACUGGAGAUUGUGAGGAUGAUGCGCUCACCCGUAGCCUUCAUACACUCACUGUCAUUGAGUUUUUCACCAACUCGCUCGCUGUCUUCCCCUUCCACAGACUGCAGGAGUUCACUUCGCUGCGCAGUAUGUAUUUUCGGAGUGUGAG